UGGUCGGCAGUCAGAGUUGAGUGCUCCUGGGACGAGUGUGUGCGCGUACCGUGUGCUGUGAUAUAGUGCAAAACGGAUUUUUUUUUAUUAAGUGUACAUGCAUGAAUUGUAACAAGUGUGGAUUAUUGGAUUAUUUACUGUUGCACCCAUGGAUGGACUGCACUUACUGAGGAGUGCGGGCGGCGCGGGCGUGUUGCAGAGGGUGCGCGGGGCGUUGUAGAGGAGCCUCGAGCCACGGAGCGCCGCAGCAGAGCCGCCUGUGGUGCAACGGCCAGUGUUUGUUAGUGGCGUGUCGUGGUCCGGGCGCCGCCCUGGAGGGCCGCCCCAGUGUAGUUCAAAGUGUGGUGGUGACAAGUGUUGUGGUGACAGUGUGGUGCGAGUGUGGUGGUGCGCGUGAGGAGCAGUGAUGCGACGACAUGAUGUGUGAGCAGUGUCGUCUCGGGGAGGAGGGGGACGCAGGGGAGCCCCCUAGCCCCGCCGCCCCCGUGCCGCCCUCCUGCUGCUCCUGCUGCCGGGGACGCCCACGGGACAUGGCCGCGCGGCCGCUCGGGCCCACGAGUGCAGGGGCGAGGGUAGCUAGGGUAGUGCCCAGUGCCAGUGACCAGUGCAGUGCCAGAGGGGUUAUAAGGACAGCACGGGCCCCGGGCAGGACUCAGCCGUGGGUGACCAUGUUAGCGCUCGUACUUGCCCUCGUCCUUUGCCCCGCCGCCGCGGAGUACGUGCGCGAGUUCGAGGUGUCGGAGGUGGUGGCCGUGGGGACGAACAUCGGAUACAUCGGCGACAGCAACCCCGGCCAGCCCUCGCCGCCGCCGCCGCCCUACCUGAUCGUGCCGGUGCCCGGGAGUGCGGUGGACUCCGACCUACGGAUCGAGCAGGACACGGGAGAGAUCAAGACCAACGUCGUGCUGGACCGCGAGCUGAGGUCGUCGUACUCCCUGGUGGCCAUCCCGCAGUCGGGGGAGAACAUCCGCGUGCACAUCAACGUCAAGGACGAGAACGACAACGCCCCGACCUUCCCGUCCGGCGUCAUGAACAUCGACUUCCCGGAGAACACUCCGCGCGACGUCAAGCGCACCCUGGCCCCCGCGCGCGACAAGGACCUCGGGAUAUUCAACACGCAGCGCUACGACAUCGUCUCCGGGAACGUGAACAACGCCUUCCGGCUGUCGUCCCACAGGGAGAGGGACAGCGUGCUCUACCUCGACCUCCAGAUCAAUGGCUUCCUGGACCGCGAGACGACGGCCUUCUACUCGCUCCUGAUCGAGGCCUGGGACGGCGGCACUCCCCCUCUCAAGGGCUCCAUGACCGUCAACAUCACCAUUCAGGACGUGAAUGACAACCAGCCGAUCUUCAACCAGAGUCGGUACUUCGCCACAGUGCCAGAGAAUGCCACCAUCGGCACUUCCGUCCUGCAGGUCCUCGCCACCGACACGGAUUCGGGAGACAACGGGAAGAUCACGUACUCGAUCAACCGCCGCCAGAGUGACCGCGAGAACAUGUUCCAGAUCGACCCGAAGUCCGGCGUCAUCUCGGUCAACCGUCCGCUUGACUUCGAGACGAAGGAGGUCCACGAGCUGGUGGUGGUCGCGCGCGACAACGGCGACCAGUCCCUGGAGACCACCGCCUUCGUGUCCAUCCGCGUCAUCGACGUCAACGACAACCAGCCCACCAUCAACCUGAUCUUCCUCUCCGACGACGCCACGCCCAAGAUCUCGGAGGACGCCCAGCCCGGCGAGUUCGUGGCCAGGAUUUCCGUGAACGACCCCGACUCCAAGGAGGAGUACGCCAACGUCAGCGUGACGCUGAAGGGCGGCGAGGGCCACUUCAACCUGACGACGCACGACAGGAUCAUCUAUCUGAUGGUGGUGUCGCGUCCCUUGGACCGAGAGCUGAAAGAUACAAAGGGUUACGGAGGCAAGUAA